AUGGCGGCCAAGUCGGACGGCAGCGGCUUCUCGCAGCUGCACAACCUGGACGACCUCCCGCACCAUCAUCCGCACCACGCCGCCGCAGCCGCGGCCGGCCCGGGCGGCUGCGGCGGCGCGGGGGACGAGGCCGGGGGCAGCAGCUCCAUGCACAUCUGCCAUUGCUGCAACACGUCAUCGUGCUAUUGGGGCUGCCGGAGCGCCUGCCUACGGAGCCUGCUGGGCCGGGCCGGGGGGUCGGCCUCGGGGGGCCCGGGAGGCGGCACCGACCCGCUGGAUCCGGCCGACGGGCAGCCGCCCUCGCCCUCGGCGGCGGUCGUGGCGCUGGCGGUGGAGCGGCCGUGGCUGGACUGUCUGUGGAUCGUGCUGGCGCUGCUGGUGCUGUUGGGCGAUGUGGGCACCGACCUCUGGCUGGCCCUGGACCACUACGGCCGGCGGGACUACCUGUGGUGCGGCCUGACGCUGGCCUUCGUCCUCCUGCCUUCGGUCUUGGUGCAGAUCCUCAGCUUCCGAUGGUUCGUGCAAGACUACACCGGCGGAGGCCUGGGAGCCGUGCAGGGCCUCACCAGCCGCGGCCCUCCCAUGAUGGGCUCGGUCGGAGGGGGCCGUCGGGCUGGCCCGGGACAUCACGCCGCCCCUCCCGGCGCACAGCGCCUCUGCAGGCUUUCCGUCUGGAUCUGGCAGACUGUUAUCCACCUGCUACAGAUGGGACAGGUCUGGAGGUAUAUCCGAACCAUGUAUCUGGGGAUCCAAAGCCAGAGGCAAAAGGAACACCAGCGGCGCUUUUACUGGGCUAUGAUGUACGAGUAUGCAGAUGUCAACAUGCUGCGCCUCUUAGAGACCUUUCUCGAGAGCGCCCCACAAUUGGUGCUACAACUCUGCAUAAUGAUCCAGAAGAACCGUGCAGAAGCUUUACCGUGUGUAUCCUCUGUGGCCUCCCUGAUGUCCCUGGCUUGGGUGCUAGCCUCCUAUCACAAGCUUCUCCGGGACUCUAGGGAUGAUAAGAAGAGCAUGAGUUAUAGAGGAGCCCUUAUCCAUCUCUUCUGGCGUCUCUUCACCAUCUCAUCCAGAGUUAUCUCUUUUGCCCUCUUUGCUUCCAUCUUCCAGCUCUAUUUUGGGAUCUUUGUCGUGGUCCACUGGUGCGCCAUGGCCUUCUGGAUCAUCCAUGGUGGGACAGAUUUCUGCAUGUCUAAAUGGGAAGAGAUUCUCUUCAACAUGGUGGUAGGGAUUGUGUACAUUUUUUGCUGGUUUAAUGUCAAAGAAGGGCGGACCCGAUACCGAAUGUUUGCCUAUUACACCAUAGUCUUGACAGAGAAUGCUGCCUUGACGCUCCUUUGGUAUUGUUACCGAGAUCCCGACACUACUGACUCAUAUGCUGUGCCAGCGCUUUGUUGUGUCUUUCUUAGCUUUGCUGCUGGGAUAGCGCUGAUGCUCUUAUAUUACGGCGUCCUGCAUCCCAUGGGGCCGAGAGCUAAGAUUUUUGCCAGCUCCUGUUGCGCCGAGCUGCUCUGGGGCAUUCCUUUGCCCCCUGACAUUGAACCCAUGGCUCCUCAAACCCCUGGGUAUAGGGUGGCCCAGGCUACGCCACCCAGAGCGGCCACGGAGCAACAGGAGGAACUCACAGCUGACACAUGCUUACCAGUUUUCCAAGUGAGAGCUAUGGUGCCAUCAACUCCGUCUGGGAGACCAUUCCACCCAGAAGGCCCUCUCAUUAAGAUAGACAUCCCAAGAAAGAGAUACCCAGCUUGGGAUGCUCAUUUUGUAGACCGAAGGUUGAGAAGGACUAUAAACAUUCUCCAGUACGUCACCCCCACCGCUGUAGGCAUUAGGUAUAGAGAUGGACCUCUCUUGUAUGAAUUGCUACAGUAUGAAUCUUCACUUUAAAAGCUCCUUUAAAUGCAAAUGCCCCUACACACACAAACACACACACACACACAUACACACACAGACAUGCACACUAUUGCAAAUAAACACCCACCUAUUAAAAGAGGGAUUUCAUGGGGGUGGGGGAGGGAGAGAGAGGUGGGUUAACUGUUUAUGGUCAAGACAGUUCUGAAAUAACCUUCCAAUAAGUUUUCUUUCUGGUUGCUGUAUGUAUUUAAAGGGAAGAGAGAUCCUCUAUGUUUUAUAAGUAAAAAUGAAAUGAAAGGUUUUCUUUUGUUUUUUACACACAGGAGAAAGCAAGAACAACAACACAAACCAACCAGUAUUGCAAACUUCCACGAUUCAGAGGUUG